AUGAAAGCCCAACCAAGAACAAAAGAACCCCAAACUGCCCAACAACCUUCACAGCCAACCAAAGAAAAAGAAUAUCCAGCCAUUGUUUCUUUACAAUUACGCCAAGCUAAAUUAGAACAAUUACAAAACUUUGAAAUCGCCUUUGACGGCUACGAUAUUCACUGA